UACAGUGUAUAAGAUAAUUGAAUUCCCGAUGGAAGAAGAAACAGUGUAUGAGCAGAAGUUCCAGCAGAAGGCUCAGAAGCAAACUAAGCAGAAGAAAUCAAAGUCGGCUGAAUUUCUGAUGGUAAAAGACAACAGAUCUGCUGCAGAAGGCAUUGAAAAUCCUGCUUUUAACAUCAGCACCAGAAACCCUUCAGCAUAUCAUAAUUCAACAGAAAAAGAAAUUAGACAUGACAGACACAAUGGCACCCUUGCAGUUCACCAACAAAAACUCCUGCUCCAAACCUAUGAUCAAGCAAGAGGAUUUAAACUUCCAUCUCCAAUGUUCCUCUAA